AUAUAACAAGCGUGCCACAAAUCUCGCAUCUAUGGGAGGGUGGCAGGAAAAACAAUCACUCCUAGAAAAAGACAUAACUGGUGAAAACCCAAUAAAUCUUUCCACCAAAAGAACACCAUGCCUACAAUAAAGCACAGCAGUGGCAGCAUCCUGUUUAUUGAGGUGUUUCUCAUCAGCAGGGCCUAGAGAACAUGUCAGGCUAGGGAAAAUGGACAGAGCAAAAUACCGACAGAUUCGUGAGGAGAACCUGCAACCCUCUGCAAGGAAGUUGAAAAUGGGAAGACGGUUCAUGUUUUAACAUGAAAAAGCACAACGCCAAAGCAACCAUACAGUGGCUGAAGGACAAGAAGGUGAAUGUCUUUAAGUGGCCUAGUCAGAGCCCCGACCUAUAGCCCAUAGAGAAUCUAUGGAAUGACUUGAAGAGUGCAGUCCAUAAGCGAUCAUGCAUGCCAUUUGACUGAGCUUGAACAAUUCUGCAAGAAUGAAUGGACAAAUAUUACACAGUCUAGGUGUAAAAAGUUAGUUAAACUCAUGGCUGUAAUUCCAGCAAAAGGUGGUUCCACCAAGUAUUAACUCAAGGGGUUGUUCACUUCUCCAAAUAAGGCAAUUUACUGUUUUAAUUUUAAUUCAUUUUCAGAGUUAUGUGUUGUCAUUUGAAGCUGUAGGCAACUAAAGGUGAACAUUUUGAAAGGGGUUGGUGAAUAUCUAUACCCACUGUAAAUAGGUUCAAGGACCCUAAAUCGGUUUUGCCCAGAUUUUGUCCAGACCUUGCCCUUUGGACCUAAUAGGUUUGUGAAAGAGCAAUUCAAGUUAUUAAAGAACAUCUUACUUCAUAACCGCUUGAAAGUGGGCAUCACAAAAUGUGCAUGCCAAAUAUUGGUAUUUACUAUGAGUGUUAAAGAAAGUUACUGUGGAGAGGAUUUAAUAUAAUCCACAGAUGACAGGCUCAAGAUUUGUGAUGUGUCACUUCUUCCAAUACUAUGGGACUGACUGGAUUACUAGGAUUCUCUACUUCAUUCUAACCUCUGAGGGUUCAAUUUCAACAUGGUUUUCCGGUUUAGUUCUGUUUUCUUGUUUAUAGGGGGAACAUCAUUGGGCAUAAGAGACAAUGUUCAAGAAGGGGAAAAUGUCUGAUGAAAUGGACAUUGGGGCUUUUGGGUCAAGGGCACCAUUUGAAGGAUAGUGGACUGGGGUCUCCAGCAGGAGGAGGGGUCUUGCGAUGCUUCGGAAGCUUCACACUUCACUGGAUGCCUCGACCUAUAGGGCAACACCAGUCCUGGAAGAAGCCAAGUUCCCCCAUCCUCCGCAUGGAACCCGGCUGCUGUGGAUCCUGCUGGCCUCCCUGAGCCUGCCCAGUGUGGUCCAUUCUACUGUGUUCAAAGUAGGGAUAAUGGGACCAUGGAAAUGUGACCCUCUGUUCGCUAAAGCCCUUCCCCAGACUGCCGCCAGGCUAGCGGUGGACAGGAUCAACAACGACCCUUCGCUCUCCCUAGGAGCCACUUUCGAGUAUGUCAUAAUUGAUGAGGACUGUCAGACAUCCGCGGCCCUCAAGGGAUUCCUGGGCCACUACACGCUGGCUAAUGCCUACCUGGGACCGGCCAACCCUGGCUACUGUGACGCAGCAUCCUUGCUGGCCAAGAACUGGAACAAGGCCCUGUUCUCUUGGGCCUGCGUGAACCACGAGCUGGACGACAGAGGUCGGCAUCUCACCUUUGCCCGAACGGUGCCCUCGCCUGCCUGGGUGCUGCUCAGCCUGGCGAGACACUUCCGCUGGGCACACAUAGGGAUCAUCACCUCGGCCGAGGAUGUGUGGGUGGACAUGGGCAUUAAGGUGGCCAACUCCCUGCGGAGCUACAACCUCCCCGUCACCACUGUGGUGUCCACAGACCAGGACCACACCAGCAUACGACUGGCUCUCAGUAGGAUCAAGAGGGCAGAAAAUAUCCGCAUGGUGAUCCUUUGCAUGCACUCUGUGCUGAUUGGAGGGAACACCCAGAGACUGCUGUUGGAGACGGCUCUGGACAUGCACCUGACAGACGGCACUCUGGUGUUCAUUCCUUACGACACACUGCUCUACAGCCUGCCCCACAAGGACGUCCGUUACCCAGCCCUCAUGAACAACGGCAAGCUGCGGAGAGCCUACGACGCUGUCCUGACCGUCACCAUGGACUCGGAGGAGAACUCCUUCUACAAUGCAUACCAGAAAGCUGUUAAUGUUGGCCUGGUGCCUAGACACAUAAAGCUCCAUCAGAUUUCCCCUCUGUUUGGCACCAUCUACAGCUCCAUCCUUUUCAUGGCGAAUGCUAUGCAGAAUUUGCGCGACAUAGGGAGUAGGAUGUCCGGAGCCAACCUGGUGCACCACUCCAGGAACAUGGCUUUCUACGGGUUCAGCCAACGCUUCCGCACCAACGGCUCCGGGGUUAGCCUGCAGGAUUACGUGGUGCUGGACACAGACGGGAAGUCCUGGCAUCUGCUUCCUACCCACCGCGUGGACAUGGAUGCCGGGACCGUCAGGUCUCUGGGCCGAAGCAUCCACUUUCCAGGGGGUGCCCAGCCAAGUCCAGACUCCAGCUGCUGGUUCGUUCCAGGCAUGUUAUGCAAAGGAGGAGGAGUGGAUCCAUUCCAUCUUUUAAUAGUCCUCCUGUGCAUCCCUUUGACGAUCAUCGUCUCUACUGGAUUUUAUUAUUGCAUAAGGAGGCGCAUCAACCAGAUUCGUUUGCUCAGUGGUCCUGACAAGAUCAUGCUCACCCUGGCAGAUGUGACGUUCAUUAACCCCUCCCUCAGUCAUAAGAAGAUCAGUAUAGAUGAAAACAAAGUAAGCGAUACGAGCAGGAAGCCCUCAGACACCAUUUGUCAGAGCCCAUCUACACCCUCCACAAUCUCCACCAUCACCCCGGCAACCUAUGAAAACUCCAACAUAGCCAUCUUCGAGGGAGACUGGGCUUGGAUGAAAAGACUUCCGUCUGGAAACGUUAGAGCCAUUACACCCCAGACCAGUGAUGUCUUUGAGUUGAUUAAGGACAUACGCCACGAGAACGUCAACCUCUUCCUUGGCUUUUUCCUUGACUACGGUGUUUUAGGCAUUGUGACGGAAUACUGCUCACGUAACAGCUUGCAUGACCUGCUAAGAAAUAGUGAUGUUAAGCUGGACUGGAUGUUCAAGUCCUCCUUGUUACUGGACCUUAUCAAGGGCAUGAGGUACCUCCACCAUCGAGGGGUUUGUCACGGACGACUCAAGUCUCGGAACUGCGUGGUAGAUGGCCGCUUUGUGCUCAAGCUGACAGACUACAGCUAUAACGAGAUUCUGAUAGCCCAAAAGAUUCCAUACCAAGAUCCCUCCGCAGAAGAGCUGCUGUGGACAGCUCCUGAGAUUCUGCGGGCCCCUCAUCCCGGGUUGUAUGGCACCCGGCUUGGAGACGUCUACAGCUUUGCCAUCAUCAUGCAGGAGGUGGUGCUGCGGGGGGCUCCCUACUGUAUGCUGGAGCUGUCUGCUGAAGAAAUCAUUCAGAAGGUGAGGAACCCUCCUCCCUUAUGCCGUCCUGUGGUGUCACCGGACCAUGCUCCCAUGGAGUGCGUCCAGCUCAUGAAACAGUGUUGGAAUGAACAGGCAGAUAAGCGGCCAUACUUUGAAGACAUCUUUGACCAGUUCAAGAACAUAAACAAAGGAAGGAAGACCAACAUUAUCGACUCCAUGCUGCGGAUGCUGGAGCAGUACUCAUCUAACCUGGAGGAACUGAUCAGAGAGAGGACAGAGGAGCUGGAGAUAGAGAAACAGAAGACUGAGAAACUGCUCACGCAGAUGCUGCCUCCAUCGGUUGCAGACGCCCUGAAGAUUGGCGGUACUGUGGAACCGGAACAUUUUGAGAAUGUAACCCUUUACUUCAGCGACAUAGUAGGUUUUACCACAAUCUCUGCCAACAGCGAGCCUAUUGAAGUGGUGGACCUCCUCAACGACCUCUAUACUAUAUUCGACGCCAUCAUUGGCAAUCAUGAUGUGUACAAGGUGGAAACGAUAGGCGAUGCGUACAUGGUGGCAUCCGGCCUACCUGUUCCCAAUGGCAACCGUCACGCUGCAGAGAUAUCCAACAUGGCUCUGGACAUCCUGAGUGCCGUCGGCACCUUCAAGAUGAGACACAUGCCAGAUGUACCGGUCCGCAUACGCAUUGGGCUUCACUCAGGCCCCUGUGUCGCUGGGGUGGUGGGUCUCACCAUGCCCAGGUACUGUCUGUUUGGGGACACUGUAAACACGGCCUCCAGGAUGGAAUCUACAGGGAUGCCAUAUCGAAUCCAUCUGAGCCACAGUACAGCAAAGAUUCUGGUGGAUCUGAGAGAAGGCUACAAGGUUGAACUUCGUGGAAAGACAGAGAGCAAGGGAAAAGGCAUGGAGGAGACCUACUGGCUGGUUGGAAGAAACAAUUUCACCAAACCCCUGCCUGUCCCACCUCAGCUGAAGUCUGGAAUGAAGACAGCGGACUUAAAGCUUCUCCUGCAGAGAGCAGUUAGGAGGCUCUCAACUGUGCGGACAGUGACUCGGAUUGUGGGAGGUUUGGACGAGGACAACAGUAUGAUGAUAUAUCAUCAUUGCAAUGUCUCUUUUCAAAAAAACAACACAAGCAGAUAAGGAUACCUCUCAACAGAUGAAAACAGGAUACUUUCUCUGCAUUUGUAUUUGCCAUUGUGGCAGUGAAGGUCUUCUUCCAACCAUGGCUCAGUACUCGUAUAGAAAUUAGUUUGAAAAGUCACUGCCACCAUAAGACUUUGUACGUGAGCAGGAAAUGGACAACUGUCUGUGUGGAGCUAUGAGCGGAUCCUAAUCAAUGGACAUUUCAAAAAUAAAAAGACAACAAUGUU